AUGGCAAUGCCCCAGAAUUCAACUGGAGAAAAUGGCUUUUGUUUCACUCGGACGCUUGGCUUCUCCCGCCCGUCUCCUCCUCCCGGCGAGGCCGGACGGACCUUCGGUGCCGCGAGCGGGCAGGAGGCAUGCGGAACCCUUCUGAGCAACGGCACGGUGUCCUCCAGCGCACCCAGCCCAUCCGAAUCGUCUGCCGAACCCCUCUGCUCCAUCACCCCGGGAGAGGAGGAGACCCCAUUCAGCGAAGGGAUUAAAUACGUGUCGGCUGAAGGGGAGGAACUGGCGUGUGGCUGGGGGGGGUUCACCCCCGGGUGCUUACAGCUCUUCAACACGUCCAAGGGCAUCUUGUUCUUCCUCUGCGUGGCCUCCUUCCUGCAAGGCAUGACGGUGAACGGCUUCAUCAACACGGUCAUCACCUCCAUUGAGCGACGCUUCGACCUCCGCAGCUACCAGAGCGGGCUGAUCGCCAGCUCCUACGACAUCGCGGCGUGCGUCUGCUUGACCUUUGUCAGCUAUUUUGGGGGGAACGGCCACAAACCGCGAUGGCUGGGUUGGGGCGUGCUGGUCAUGGGCUUGGGCUCGCUGCUCUUUGCCUUGCCCCACUUCACCACGGGACGCUACGAGGCACGUUCGGCGGCGGAGGUGGGUGUCUGCGGGGGGAACCAGAGCCUGCCCUGCGCCCAGGCUGCCUCCAGCCUCUCCGGCUACAGGUUCAUCUUCAUGCUGGGGCAGUUCCUGCACGGGAUGGGAGCCACGCCGCUCUACACGCUCGGCGUCACCUAUUUAGAUGAAAACGUCAAGACUAACUACUCCCCUGUGUACAUUGCUGUUUUCUACACUGCUGCAAUCCUUGGGCCUGCAGCGGGUUAUCUGGUAGGAGGAAUGUUUCUAAAUAUUUAUACUGAAAUUGGCAGAGAGAUCGACAUCACCCCGGAGAACACGCUGUGGGUGGGGGCAUGGUGGAUCGGCUUCCUCGGGGCCGGAGCAGCCUCCCUCCUCAUCUCCAUCCCCAUCCUGGGGUACCCCCAGCGCCUCCCAGGAUCCCAGCGGUAUAUCGUUAUGAGGGUGUCAGAGGCUCAUCAGCUAAAGGAUGGGAGCCACAAAAAAGCAUCGGAUCCGGACUUCGGGAAAACAGUUAAAGAUCUGCCUCGAUCAGUACUGCUGCUUCUGAAGAACCCCACCUUCAUCUUCCUCUGCUUAGCGGGAGCGACCGAAGCCACCCUCAUUGCUGGGAUGUCCACGUUUGGACCCAAGUUCUUGGAGUCUCAGUUUAGUUUAAGUGCUUCUGAAGCUGCUACCUUUUUUGGUUAUCUGGUCGUGCCAGCCGGAGGUGGAGGCACAUUCCUGGGAGGAUUCCUUGUGAAUAAAUUUAAACUGCGCUGUUCAGGAAUCAUCAAAUUGUGUUUACUUUGCACAGUGUCGAGUCUGCUGGCUAUAUUCAUUUUUUUUAUUCACUGCCCUAACAUGCCGAUGGCAGGAGUAACCCAGAUGUACGAUGGAAGUGCUUUGCCUGGUGGCCACCUAAACCUGACAGCAGCCUGCAACGCCGACUGCGGCUGUCUACAGGAGACCUACAGCCCUGUCUGCGGGAGCGAUGACAUUAUGUAUUACUCUCCCUGCCAUGCCGGGUGCAAAAAAGUGUCCGAAAACCUCAGGAAUGGCAAGAAGGUCUAUCACGAGUGUAGCUGUGUUGAGAAAACCCUCCUGCCUGGCCCCGGUGACGCAGAGGCAGGGAAAUGCACCUCCUCUUGUGCAAAAAGGCCCCUGCUCCUGUUCUUCAUGUUCGUGGUGAUCCUCUUCACCUUCCUGAGCAGUAUUCCUGCCCUCACCGCCACUCUGCGGUGUGUCUCCGACAGGCAAAAGUCAUUUGCACUCGGGAUCCAGUGGAUUGUGGUACGAACACUAGGAGGCAUCCCUGGCCCCAUUGCCUUUGGGUCCAUGAUCGAUAAAUCCUGCCUGCUCUGGCAGGACCAGUGCAGCGAGCAAGGUUCUUGCUACGUUUACCAGAACUCAGCCAUGAGCCGAUACACCCUCAUCGCUGGACUGAUCUACAAGGUGCUCGGGACAACCUUCUUUAUAGUUGCCUGUUUACUCUACAAACCCCCGCCGCCAGAGUCGGCUCCGGGCAGCUCGGACCCAUCUGAAAAUGGCAACUGUGACCUCCAGGAACACAAACCUUCACUGCCGGCUGAAGAGGAUAUGUAG